AUGUCCAAAGUUUCUGUUAAAAACGACGUGUGGACUCCUUUCCAACCUAUCGACCAGCCUCAAAACUCGCAAAAGAGAAAGAGAUCAUCUGCUACUUUAAAAGACAAUGGUAACGAUAAACUUGUUUCUAACAAACGAUCCAAAGCCAAGAAAACAGCCACCACUGCUCCUGCUGCUGCUACUGUCAGCACACCAUCAUCUGUAACCAUUACCAAGUCUGUUGUAUGGAUUGGCGCCUCUUUGAUGCAAAUACAAGGAGGCGAGAAGAAGGAAGAGAAGAAGGGCAGCGGCAGUAUUAAAACUGAGGAUGUUCCCUCUACUACUGCUACUUUUAGCAUCUUUUAUGGUGUAAAUGAUACUCGCAAUUUCACUGAAAAAAUCAGCAUCAAUCAAAACCAAAAUAUCGAUCAUGUCUACAUUAUGGGAGCGAUUCGCGCACUAGAGAAAUGCGAAGACGAUUCAAGCACACUGUCUAUUCAUACAGGUAGCAAAGUACUUCAAUCUGUUUUAGAUCAUGACGACCAGGAUAACAAACAAGACGACAUUUGCCAACAGAUCAAGGAAAAGAUUGCGAAUAGAAAGGGUGCAACAUUUAUCCGCUCUGCUGCCAACAACGAGGACGGAUACCAAGCAGCCCACAAACUUGCUUCUGAAAAACUAUUGGAAGUUUCUACUGAUGUUGCAGCUGCUGAUGAUAUGGAGAUUGAUGCUACUGAAAGGGAUUUGGUGGAGUCACUGCAAGUGGUAGAAAGCAGUACAGAUGUAUCUGUUACCACUACAAGCUGCUCCACAGCAGAAGAGGUCAAGGUGGAUAGUGACAAUACCGAGACAAUUGUUACCACCACCGCCACAGUAGUCAAGGAAGAAACUGUAACCGUAAUAUCAAGUGAUGCAGGUGCAGAGCAAGUACAACAGCAACAACGACAAACUCUUCCACCACCUCCUUCGUGGGCUGCUACCCUGAAUCUUCGUAAUUUGUUGGAAAUCUUGAAGGCACCAUUCACUCGCAAUAAGUAA